AUGAACGCUGCGUCUGCUAGUCGUAUUAGCAAGUUUCUGGCCAAACCUGAGGUUUUUCGUGGCGAUGCGUCCAAUCCAAUGGUAUGGUUACACUCCAUGGAGAGAAUUUACAAUUGUAUAAAUUUCUCUGACGAAGAAAUGAUUAUCGUUUUAGCCUCUUACUUCGCUGGUCCUGCUGCCGUGUGGUGGAACGUAAUCAAAUCAAGCGUGAAAAUGUGGGAGAAUUUUGAUGAAUGGUGGGAAGAAUUGGAGAAUAUACAACAGGGUCCUAAUCAAAGUAUCGAUGACAUCAAAUUCCGUAUCAUGGAGUUAGCUACCUUGUUAGGUGUACCUGAUUCUGCAAAAAUUCGUUAUUUUAUGCGUGCGAUUAACAAAUGUAUUGCUUUACGUGUAUCUGACAUCAAUGCCUCUUUGUCUGACUGGAGUGAAGUCACUAAUUCAGCCAAGCGCAUUGAAAUGAAUGACAACAAGUACGGUGAUGUACGCCAAGUGGUGGAGAGCAAGGUACCUAAGCGUGUAGAAUACCAAGAGCCUGUAGGUUUACGUACUGGUGGUGAUGCGGCUAGCGUAGUUUCACUUAAUUCAGUUGCCUCAACAGUUGAAAGACUCUGUCAAGGUUUCGAUGCUCUACAAUUGCAAAUCAAUACUAAUGGCAACAGCGUUUCUGGAAGUGUUCGUAGUAAAACCUUGUACGCAUUGCGGAACCUGCUACCGUGGUGUCGAAUUGGUCACCGUUAUUCUGAAUUUUUUUUUCGAUCUCAGAUUUUUUGA